UUCACGUCGAUAAUGUGCGAUAAUGAACUACUUAAUAUAGCGAAACACGAAAAAUGGAACAUCCUGGAUGUGCUUCUUAACAGUAUUGCAUUGUUCGGAUACGAUAUCAACGCACGCAACGAAAAAGAGAAGGUAAUAGAAAACGGCGCAAAUGUGAAUGCAGUUAAUCGAAUCGGAAAAACCGCUUUUCACGUAGCUCUCGAAAAUAAUAAUAAUAAAUCCGUGGAUGUUCUAGUAAAAUCUGGAGCAGAUCCAGACCUGCUGGAUUUUUCCGGCGAGUCGCCUUUAUUUAAAGCCGUGCGGCGAGGCAACGAUUUCGCAAUUAGGGAAUUAAUCAAGAGUGGCGCGAAGACAAAGUUUGCUAAUCGAGAGGGAUCCAAUUUGUUACAUGUUGCGCUAGAAGUAGGCAUACAAACAGAAAUUGUCAAGUUACUGAUCGAAAAUGGAAGUGACGUAAACUACCGUAACAAAGCCGGACAGACGCCCCUAACGACGGCAUUUUUGAGAGGAAACUUAGAAGUCGCAAAAUUAUUAAUGAGAAAUGGAGCGGCGAUCGAUUCCCUCCUCCACCACGAUCGUCGGCAACCUAUAUUGCACAAUGCCGUUUUACAGCAACAAGCGUCGAUUGCGAGGGAGUUAAUUAAAAUCGGCAUCGCGGUUAACGGCAAAAAUAAUAAUGGAGAGACGCCCCUGCAUCAUGCCGUCGAGGGCGAAUCCUUCGAAAUUUUUCAGUAUCUUCUAGAGAAGGGCGCUUCGGUUAACUCGACCGACAAAGACGGCUACGCGCCACUUCAUUUGGCCUCCGAUAUGAAAUUCGCGAAAAAGUUAUUUUCUCAAGGUGCUUCAAUUAAUAUUCAGACUUCGAAUGGGGAUUCGCCCCUACAUCGAGCGGCAAGCAAAGGAAAUUUCGCCGUGGUUGAAAGUUUAUUAAGUAAUAACGCCGAUAUAAACUUGCGAAAUGGGGACGGAUAUACCCCUCUACAUUUAGCGAAGGACAAUGGCCAUCUCGACGUAUUUAAUUAUUUAGUUAUGCACGGUGCUGACGUCAAUAUCGAAGACAAUUUUAACAGGCGUGUGCAGGAUAACAAAUUGCGUUAGGAAUAAUGGUAUUUUGCGUGCCGGUUUGUAAUAAAAUUGAAAUGUAAAUGGGGUACAAAGUUUUUUUUUAAUUAGACCGUCGCAGAGCCUUUUUGUGCUUUAAUGUAGCGGUUGGUUUACAUAGCAAGCAUUUUUUUGAGGAACAUCAUAUUUUUUGUUCAGAGGACGGGGUUACUAUUAUAAAUUUUACAUUUUACAUUUACUCCAAUAAACUUAUUGACAAAUUA